AUGGGGAGGGGGAGGGAGCUUACAUUGUUAAUAACUCUGUUUUCGUGGUACAAAUACUGCCUUUUAAUGGCUGUUGUUUCAUUUUAUAUUGUGCCUGUUUUAACGGAUAUAUGUACACAAAUACUAAUGCAAUUAUCAUUAAAAUCAAAUCCAGACAAUCUCCCUUGGAUAGUUCAAAAGUAUGGUGGAACAAUUAUAGGAAAUUUCUUGAAUGAAAUAGCAGAUACCAUUAUACCUACAUAUAUAGAAACAAAUAGAGUUGUUAUUGUUUGUUCUGCGAGAAGUCAAGACAUAAAGACCAAAGGCACAACAAAUAGUCUUUUAAAAGCAGCAGAAGAGGCACUUAUUGAAGGUUCAACUAAACAUUUAGAUAUAGUAGAGGAAAUCAAAAAAGAUCAUGUUAACGCAACCAGAACAAUUAUUCAGAGUAAAUCUAUUUUACUAUCUGUUGAAUCUAGUUUAACAGAAGAAUGUUUAAAAUUAAGAUCGUUUUUAGAAGCUGCACAAAUUAUAAAUGAAAUUUCACCAAGAUCAAAAGAUAUUAUUAUUGGUAUGGGAGAAAAGUUAUCAUGUAUCGUUGUAUCUGCAGUAUUGAAGGAUAGAGGAAUUGAUAAUCAACUUGUUGUAUUAAAUAAUAUAAUUCAACAAGAAUUCACUGUACUCGAUGAAUUAUUUUAUAGUUAUAUCGCUGAAAGACUUUUUCAAGUAAUAUCUGAAUGUGGAAAUAAAAUUCCUGUUUUAACAGGAUUUUUUGGUAAUGUGCCAGGCAGUUUAUUAAAUACAAUUGGAAGAGGAUAUACAGAUCUUUGCGCUGCACUUGCAGCUGUAGGCUUAAACGCUAAAGAGCUCCAAAUUUGGAAAGACGUUGAUGGUAUCUUUACGGCUGACCCACACAUAGUCCAAACAGCUCGUCUCCUACCUAUCAUCACACCAGAGGAAGCAGCUGAAUUAACCUAUUAUGGAUCUGAAGUCAUUCAAGCCUUUACAAUAGAGCAAGUCAUGAAAGCAAAUAUCCCAAUUCGUAUUAAAAACGUAAAGAACCCUUUUAGCUCAGGCACAGUUAUUUUUUCUGCUCAUGACUCUCAGGAGACUGAUUCUAUUAAAAGAUACCCAACAGCAGUUACAGUGAAAGAAAACAGAUGUAUAUUAAAUAUUCAUUCAAAUCGAAAGAAUGUGAGUCAUGGAUUUUUAGCUAAAAUCUUUACGGCUUUAGACGAUUACGGUAUUGUAGUAGACUUGAUUUCCACUUCUGAGGUACACGUCUCGAUGGCCUUGUCUUCUAAUAUAGAUGAGAAUCAAUUAAAAAGAGCUCUUAAUGAAUUAAGGAAACUAGGUUCAGUCUGUGUGAUUCCAAAUAUGGCCAUUAUAUCGCUUGUUGGUAAACAAAUGAAAAAUCUAAUAGGAAUAGCAGGUAGCAUGUUGACUUCAUUAGCAGAAGCUGGCAUUAGUAUUGAAAUAAUUUCUCAAGGUGCCUCUGAAAUUAAUAUUUCAUGUGUUGUGGAAGAAAAAUAUGCGUUAAAGGCGCUGAAAGCUGUUCAUAAAAAACUAUUUGAAUCAUUGUCAUAUUCGCAUGCAACUAUAAAGUAG